GUCCUUCUCUACUUCCUCGUACUCUCCUCCGCUCUCUUCUGAUUGAAUCAACAAUGGAAGUCUCCAUCUUCGAUCACGAAUUGCCUUUCCCCACUCACAAUCUCUACGAUGUUAAGUUCUUCGAAUACACCAUCCUCACUUUAGUUACCCACACUCCAUCCUUCGUCGACACCUGGAUCUCUGAAAUACAGACCAUCCACCGCGACCGCCGCCCCCAUCAGAAACUAAUCGUCGGCCUCGAUAUCGAGUGGCGCCCUAACUUCAGUAGUUAUAACGAUAAUCCGGCAGCCACCCUUCAACUCUGCGUCGGCGAUCGUUGUCUCAUCUUUCAACUGAUUCACGCCCCGUCAAUCCCCCUUUCCCUCAUCGAAUUCUUCAAAAACCCAAAUCACAUGUUCGUUGGAGUCGGGGUUGAUAAGGACAUCGAGAAGCUGAUCGAUGACUAUGGAUUUGAAGUCAGAGGUUCGAUCUGCGAUUUAGGGAAACUGGCGGCUGAUCGUUAUAAUGACAGGACUGUUCGAAACGCAGGGCUGAAGACACUUUCGGCUAGGGUUUUGGGUAAGGUGGUUGAGAAGCCGAAGAAGGUCUCGUUGAGCAGGUGGGACUGUGAGUGGCUUAGUGUACAGCAGGUACAGUAUGCUUGUUUAGAUGCUUUUCUUUCCUUUGAAAUUGGAAGGAUCUUGAAUGAUUUGAACUAGA